ACCCCCCUGAUAUAAAGGAGGCACUUCAGCUACCGAGCUGCUCAGCGCCGGCUGCUCUCUCCACAGCCGCAUCUUCUCCACCUUCUGAGAGCACUUCACAAAAGAAACGACACCUCUCAAAUUCAUCAGCCUUAACGGAUUUAAAGGGCUACUCCCAGCAGGCUGAACUCGAGUGUUUUCCUUAUUCCUGAUUCUGAGACCGGUCACAGUUGGUUCGCAGCUCAACAACUUGCAUCACAGGAAGACUACAGCUGAUAGACCAGAGAAGAACACUUGAGGGCUUUGGUGCAAACGUCUCCGAGAGUUGGAUCGCUUGAAGCAGAGUUAAUUUUCUGGAAAUACAAUGAAGGUUCUAUUGCUGUUGAUUGCUGGUCUGAAUCUCAUCUGUGCAUUCAUCCCAGGCAAUAUACCCGCCGGACUCAAGAAAAAGCGAAUCUAUCAUCAGAUGCGCCUCCCACCACCAGAGCAUGAAAUGAGCCCAGCAUUUUGGAGGAACCAAGCCCAGGAAACAUUGAAACGGGCUCUCAACUUACAAAAGCUCAACACCGGCGUUGCAAAAAAUAUAAUUCUUUUCCUAGGGGAUGGGAUGGGAAUCCCCACGGUGACCGCUGCUCGAAUUCUGAAAGGCCAAUUGGAAAACAAGAAUGGAGAGGAAGGUUUCUUGGAAAUGGACAAGUUCCCACAUGUAGCUCUUUCAAAGACCUAUAACACCAACGCCCAGGUACCUGACAGCGCUGGCACAGCAACAGCCUACCUGUGUGGCGUUAAGGCAAAUGAAGGCACCGUGGGCGUGAGUGCAGCCUCAGUACGUAGACAAUGCAACACCACCUUCGGCAAUGAAGUGACAUCCAUUCUGAGAUGGGCAGAAGAUGCUGGUAAAUCCACGGGCAUCGUUACGACAACACGGGUGCAGCAUGCCACGCCCAGUGCUGCCUACGCACAUUCUGUGAAUAGGGACUGGUACUCAGAUUCUGACAUGCCUGUGGAAGCACUAGAGCAGGGCUGCAAGGACAUCGCGCAACAGCUCAUUUACAACAUUCCUGGUAUCGAGGUGAUAAUGGGUGGUGGCAGGAAGUACAUGUUCCCAAGAGACUCUCCUGAUGUUGAAUAUCCAGACGAGUGGAAAGCAAAUGGUUCCCGGCUCGAUGGAAAGAACCUGGUGGAGGAAUGGAAACAUUCAAAAAAGGGCAAGAGAGCUCAUUAUGUCUGGAACAGAGAGCAGUUGAAAAAACUCGACCUGAACAAAGUGGACCACCUAAUGGGACUUUUUGAACAUGGUGACCUGCAGUAUGAGCUGGAAAGAAAUAAAACUACUGACCCCUCACUCGAAGAGAUGGUAACAGCGGCUGUCAGGAUUUUGAGCCGGAAUCCGAAAGGCUUCUUCUUACUUGUGGAAGGUGGCAGGAUAGACCACGGGCAUCAUGAAGGGAAAGCCAAGAUGGCUCUAUACGAAGCAGUCGAGAUGGACAAAGCCAUUGGGAGAGCUGGCUCGUUGACGAGAGACACUGAUACAUUAACAGUCAUUACUGCCGACCAUUCUCACGUUUUUACCUUUGGCGGCUAUACCUUUCGAGGAAGCAACAUAUUUGGCCUUGCUCCAUAUUUAAGUGAUGUGGACAACAGGCCAUUCACCUCUAUACUAUAUGGAAAUGGACCUGGCUAUGCAGUGCAAAAUGGAGAGAGGCCAAAUGUUUCAACCAGUGAGAUCAACGAGAACAAUUACCUGGCGCAGUCGGCCGUGCCCUUGAGACAGGAAACCCACGGAGGAGAAGACGUUGCCAUAUUUGCAAAAGGCCCGAUGGCUCACCUCUUCCACAGUGUGCACGAGCAGAACUAUAUACCACAUGUGAUGGCAUACGCAGCUUGCAUCGGCCAGAACAAGGACCACUGUGCUAACCUCAACACAAUACCUUGUGACAAUAGCGCAUGGGUUGCUCAGGGUACCAAUGCCAUUUUGUUAGCUCUGCUGGCACUAUUAGCCUGCGUCUAGCAGAACUAUUAUCUGGGACUCGCUGCAGGGUGGACUGUCCUGUUAGUCAGGAAAUUCCCCCACACCCCUCUUUUCAAUGCAAUGGUUAUGGUUUGUGAAGCAUUGUGGUUGGAGGAAAGAGCCACAGGAAGGGUUUUGGUGCAUCCAGAUGAAGCACUCGUUAGCUGGGGCCUUCCUGAUCACAGUGCUCCAUGGAGCAGAAUGACCAAUACCCCCACCCUCCCAUCUUCCACUCUCACUUCCCUGGCCCACCUCCUAUACCCUCCCACACAGCCUUAAAUUGAGACCUAUAAAUAAAGGCACGAACCUUAAACAAAAACCACUAGCUAACUACGUAGCAAAAUAAAUUUUUAAAGGUAAGUUCUAAUUGCAACCACUCUUGUGGUCGCUGGUUUCCUCUGUUUCUCGGUGUUCUGGGGACCUGACUCCAAGGCUUUGCUGCGUCCCUGAUGGAUGACGUCCAUGUUUGGAAUAUUGAGUGACCAGACCCUGCAGACACGCACUCUGUAACAAAACAAGGUGCUCCUAAGUUGGCACUGACACUCACCCAAACCCCAAACUGACCAGAACCAUUGUAUGAAUGAGAGCCAGCAAUGAGCUCAUCGUGAUGAGAUUCCCACUAUGUUGAAAAGGACCUUGUUUUCUUGCAUCGGUGCUGGACAGGCUCUCCAUUCCCCCACAUGAAGAUGUCAUUGCAUUAAACAUUGUAUCCCUCUUGAGCUUAAAGUGUUUAGUAAAAGGAGCAAAUAGGUUGUGAAUGAGCUGAGGAGUGGGGUGUGUGUAUUAACCUGAUGUCUAGUAUGGCCAACAUUUUUGAGUCCGUUAGAGAUUUUAAUCAAGGAAGCUGUCCCUCAGUACAAGCCAGUUGUUGGGGAUAUGCAUGACUGACCUGGUUAACAUUUCAGUAUGGAGGAGCAAUCCUCCACAGGAAGCUACCCCAGGAGAAGUUGUCUGGUUAUAACGAUGCCAGAGGAGAGGUGGCUAUCCUGGCAGACAGCAAUAAACCUUGCCUCCGCAACCCUAAACCCUAACCCCAAACGUAACAGUAUUUGCAAAGAUUAAUGCAAUCCAUAAAUCUCACCAUCUUCUGAGCACUCUAAUGGGGAGCAUCAUGAGAAAGUAUCGGUUUGCCUUACAUUGGUUUCAAACAGACAGAGCGAUGCCAGUGUAAGGAUCUUCCAAUAUAGGAUGGGGCAAAACUCAGGAAAAUUAUGUUUGCCUCUCUGCUUUGCAAGCCAAACAUUCCUCACAUGUUGUGAACAAGGUGCUAGCUGACCUUUGGAGCUCUUGCAUCAGGACAUUGAGCAUUACUCUUGCAGAAGACCCAUUCUAAUGUCUUUGUACCUUUUAAAAUAGUCAAAUGAAGCAUCUCUGUACCAAAAUAAAAAAUUGAGAAUGCUGGAAACCUGAGACAGAAACAGAUAAUGCUGGAAACAUUCAGCAGGUCAGGCAGCGUAUGUGGGAAGUUGAUGUUAUAGGCUGAAGACAAUUCAUCAGAGCAUUCUAAUGCUCAUUCUCUGGCCUAAAGAUUUAACUGUGUUUCUCUAUCCAUAGAUACUGCCCGACCUGUAGAGUAUUUUUAGCAUUUUCUGUUUUUAUCUCUGUUCCCUGAGUUGGUUUAAUAUCAGAAUAAGUCAUUAUUAGAGUCUGCAUGCGUUUUUAUUUCUUUAUGUCGAUCUCCACUUAUGGAAAGUUCUGCAUUUCUCAGUGGGGCUGACUUCAGAUCCCCAUUAGUACUUGGAGAUGUUGGAUAACCUCCUCAGGGCACUUCCUAUUUACUGUUGCUCACUUCUCCUUCUACUUUGGAUGGGAGCUGGGAUUUGGGAGGGACUGUAAGGGGUGCAAUGACUGGGGAUGCAGUCAAUGUGUCAGGUUUGCCAGAUCUGCCAUCCUGCACUGUAUUAUCACUACUCAGGGUUCCCUGAAGGAGCUCGAGCACAACGUUUGAGGUGACAUUCUUGACGGGAAUCCUGAAUUUGCCUGCUCUGCUUUGGAAUUCACUUAAGUUUCUCAAUUCAACUUAUCAAUUAGGCAUGAGUACUAGCAGAAAUCGUGGAUUUGAAACAUACAGAGAUGUGGAUAAGGAUAACCUUAUUUCUUAUCCCUUCAAAACAUUAUUCAGGAGGUGAAACAUCACAAUACUCAAAAGGUUAAAUAUAAAACAUUCUGUAAAUCAGAUUUAAAAUAUGUUUCAAAUUGUGUUCCUUUGUGUUAGUAAUAUCCCAUUUGA